UGUCAUCUCUCUGUUAUCCAGUGUUUCAGGGGUACAGCGACAAGUCAACAAAAACAGGAUGCACAUCAUUCUGGCUCUGCUUUAUCUGUCUCUCAUGGUGGCUCCUGAGUGCUCCACUCUUCCCACCAAGGGAAACUCCACGAGGCACAUGAACAGCAUAAUAAACAUUGCUCAGAUAACGCUCAUCCACAUUAAGAAACUAAGGGCAAAGCUGCCGGUGGCUCCACAUAUAGAAGUCACCACUCCUUCCAUUGAGGGACUGACUGGUAUCAGCCGUGACCUCGGCCUCUUGGAUAAUGACCUGCAGAGCCCCGUCUUAGAGCUCCUGAGCCAGAUCCAGACUGAUGUGUCCAGCUUGGAGGGACGGGUGCGCUCCUUCGCCCUAACUAUGGACUGUCCCAUUCAGGCCAGACCAAGACUAGAGACCAGUCCCGCCAGUUUGUACCCGGACAGCUACCUUUACCUGAUGCUGACGAAGGUGGAGAGCUACAUGGAGAACCUUGUUCUCAACAAGGACAAACUCAAGGUCUGCUGACAAAUCCACACUUGUCACUUAGACACUCAGUCUCGCCAUAUAUUUGCACAAAUAGCUCAGUGUGUGUAAUUUGCCUUUGCAUGUAUCAUUAUCCAAUAUUUUUCUACUUGUACAUAUUUUUCUGUGAAUGGACUCGUGUCCCAGUAAUGAAAAGCAUGCAAACUAUUUUUUUAACUAACAUUUUUGCAUGUGAUGCAAGCAGCUAUUCAGGCACAUAUUUUAAUGUUUGACAGAGUAUUUGAGCUGUAGUGUGUAUACAGACAGUAGAGCUAUGUAUGAGUGGAAUUACAUUUCAGUAACUUUAAUAUCUUAAAAAAUUUAUAGCUGUGCGAGCAGAUUAAAUCACUGAAGAGUCAUGGUGGGAAAACUGAUUAGCUGCAUUUGAGAUGAUAGAGAUGUUAGGACUGCAACAAAUGAUUAUUUUCAUUGUUGAUUAAUCUGUCGAUUAUUUAAUUGUCUCAGAUGUCAUCCUCAAACGUCUUGCUUUGUCCACAACCGAAACAUAUUCAGAUUACUGAUAUAAAAGAAGUUGGAUUCAGAGAAUUUUAACCUUUGUCCCUAAAAAAUGACUGAUACUGAUGGAAUCCAUUAUCAAAAUAGCUGGCAAUUAAUGUAAUAGUAGAUCAUUUUUGCAGCUCUUGUGGGUGUAAAACUACCUAUGUACAGGAUGGUUGUGAAGGCUGCUUGCAGUAAAUAAAACUAACAAGGCUGCAAGGUUUUGAAAUUAUAUUGCAAGGGAAUGAAUGAGAAAGUGUGCGGGAUAUUUUCAGUACGGAAUACUAUUUGAUGAAUGUAUAAUGUGCACUCUUUAGUGUAAUAUUCUAUGGAGCAGAAACAUUAAGCUUACGGUCUCGAGGAUGUGAGAUAUUUUAGCUAAAACGCUUUGAUAAUAAGCUUUGCAAUAAAGAUGUUGUAA